UGUAAUGGGUUGUUGGAUUCAGAAACUUCGAGCGAACGGCGAGCCAUCGGGAAGGCCGCCUUUCGUCGAGCGUCGGGCAGUCAUCGGUGCUCUCCUCCUCACCAUCUUUAAGAAGAAGAUGCGUCAGGCGAUCCCCCGCAUCGCCGCUCGCCCAAAACCCUAAUCCUCCUCCCACACAAUGGCCUCCGGAACCACGCUUAUGAAGAUCAUCACCUUCGAUCCGGCGAUGGCGGCCUCCGCUACCCCGAACCCUACGACUGUGGCUGCCCUCUCCAUCCUCGGCAUGCCGGUGACCACGGAUCGGAAGCCCAGGUGGAGCACCUUCACCCAGAUCGAGAGCCAACCGAGACCAAUAGUUGCGUCGAUCGGACGCGGCGAGGUGGAUCAACUCGACCAGAUCAACAGCAACAGCGCAUCCAAACCGUCCACCACUGAGGUUAUAAAAGCAGUCCUUUUUUUUUUUUUUUUCUUUUUUUAGAUUAUAGUAGCAGUUAAUCCAAGCGUAAUCACGCACAAAUCGUAUCGCAUCGUAUAUGAUACGUACCGUCGGAUGAUUGCAAAGCACAGCCAAAAAGAAUGGGCAGGUCGCGAGGUCUGAUCGGCGAGAAGACUGACGGAUCACGGCGUCGCAUUAACGACCAACGGCCGCGCGGGCCAACCCCGAACGUUCACGGGUACGGGUUACGGAGUCGACGUUUGCGAGACUCGAUAAGUACGAGGCCAACCCCAAACCAAGCGGUGAACAGUUGGGAUGCAAGCGACGAAGAGGACCGUAGUUGUGCUUCGGACAAGAUCUCGCGAGACCUCUGGUGAUAGAUCUGCUUCCUAACGCUUCAACACAUCCUUUUCAUCCAGGAAGAGAGCUUUCUCCUCCGUGAUGGUAACCUGUUGAUAGCUCAGCUGUCAUCUUCUCUUUGUGACGCCAGACGAAGAAAUGUUUCCUCUUGGAAAUGAUAGGAAAUUGAAAUGUGGCGGUAGAAAGGUAGAACCAGGAGGCCUGUCAGAGGAGGGAGAAGGGACAUGGCGAACAAGGUCAUAACCAUCGGUCAUCUGCUUCAGCGAGCCGCCUCCUCCCCUCUCAGCCAUCAUCUUCCCGGAGGUCACGCGUUCGAAGACGGUGACUUCGAGGAGGAAGAGAAGGAGGAGAAGGGUGUUGGGAUCUGGGAUGAGGAAGGUCACAGCGCGUCCGCUACCCCUGGGGCUUCUCACAAGGGCAAGAUCAGGGAGAUGGAGAGCUUCAUCUACGAGGUGUUCGACGCGGCCUCCGCGGUGAAGCGAGCGUACGUGGGCGUUCAGGAGGCGCACAGCCCGUGGGACCCGGACAAGCUACGGGUGGCGGAUGCGGUAGUGGUGGCGGAGCUACGGAAGCUGGGGAGGCUGAGGGAUCGGUUCCGGCGGGGCUGCUUCAGCCCCUCUUCCGCCGGCCCACCGGCGGCGCCGUUGAGGGAUGCGGUAGCUCCGUACGAGGCGACGAUCGAAGAUCUGAAAGGACAACUGAGCGCGAAGAAUGCGGAGGUGGACAGCCUCAACGAGAAGUUGCGGAGCGCCACGCUCGGUGGGUUGGGAGGGAAAGGACGGCUCCAUUCCGGCAAGAGGGUCGGACGCAUCACCGUCGUCGGGGCGCCCGGCACGCCCACGCCGGAGCUGUUCGAGGCGUACAUGGAGCAAGUGAAGUCGGCGUCCAAGACCUUCACAUCCCACCUUCUCUCCCUUAUGCGCUCCGCCGGCUGGGACGUCGCCGCCGUCUUCCGAUCCAUCAUCGAAGGAGGCGGCGGCGGGGCGGCCAAGGAUCGCGCUCCGGCCAUUCCCAACCUGGAAGCCUGCCAUGCCAAGUACGCCCUGGAGGCGUACGUGAACGGCAAGCUGUUCCAAGGAUUCGAGAACGAGACGUUCUACCUGGAGGGAUCGCUGAGCUCACUGAUCAAUCCGGCGGAGUUCCGGCGCGACUGCUUCACCCAGUUCCAGGACAUGCGGGGGAUGGAGCCGGAGCAGUUGCUGGGCAUCCUCCCGGGAUGUCCCUUCGGGCGGUUCGCCGCCAGCAAGUACCUGGCCGUCGUGCACGACAAGAUGGAGGAGUCGCUGUUCGGCGGCGGGUCGGAGCAGAGGCAGCAGGUGCUGGCGGGGGCGCACCCACGGACGGCGUUCUACGGGGAGUUCCUCCGGCUGGCCAAGGCGGUGUGGCUGCUCCACCUACUGGCGUUCGCGCUGGACCCGGCACCGGCCCACUUCGAGGCGAGCAGGGGGGCGGAGUUCCACCCAAACUACAUGGAGAGCGUGGCCCGGUUCACCGGCGGUCGCGUGCCGCCCGCCUCGGUGGUGGGCUUCCCGGUCGGGCGGGGCUUCAGGCUCGGCAACGGAUCGGUGGUCCGUGCCAGGGUCUACCUCACCCCAAGAGCACAGCCUCACUGACGAAAUGGGUGAUCGGACAAGAGCGGACCAAUCCGCAAAAAGUAGUCUUCAUCUUCGUGGCAAUGCCCGUUUCCAUCUUACAUCUAAUAAGCCGUCUUUUCUCUUCUAUCUCUCUGUCUUUCCCAUUUAAACCAGUGAAUUAUGGGGGUAAAAAGGUCAUAAUAAUGUUGGUGAGUCGUUGAUGUAACUUAAUUAAGUCGUCGAUGUUUAUAAGAGUAUACAGAGGAUUUAUGUUUGUAGAAGACUGACCAUAAAAGAUUAAUAUACAUGACAAAAAUCCACGUGGAUUGACCAUUGA